UAUAUAUAUAUAUAUAAUUUAAAUAAAAUGGGAGAAAAGAAGGUUGAUCGAUUUGUCUUCAAGAUUAGUGACAUGUUGGGAGAGGGAUCUUAUGGACAAGUAAUAGAACUCAGCACUUUUAGGUCUUUAAAGGUUAGGAUGAAAAAUCUAAGGAAUGGGUGGCUAUAAAGAUGCUCAAAAAGGCAGUGAUUAAUGAGGAUGAAUAUUUGAAAGAGGGUUUAUUGAAUGAAAUCAAGAUCAUGGGCUUUCUGUAGGGUAACAAUGUUGUCAAGCUAAUUGAUGUGCUUGAAACAACGAACAAUUUCUAUAUAGUCUAGGAAUUUUGCGACGGUGGAGAUUUCCAACAGUAAGAUUUGAAUUAUUCUUAGCCAAUUGAAAAAGAGGAAAUUUUUACCUCAGAAAGAGGCCAUGUAAUUUUUUGUGGACGUUCUUCUGGGCAUGAUGGAAUUAGUGAAGAAAGGAAUCAUUCAUCGAGACUUGAAGCCAGCUAACAUACUCAUAAACAAGGGCAUUUAUAAAAUUGCAGGUACUUUAUUCAUAUCCUAACGCUAUUUCUAGAUUUCGGAUUUUCAAAAGCCAUCGAUAACUUUAGGAAAUAGAUGAUAGAAUCGAUUGUCGGUACCCCUCUCUAUCAGUCUCUCCAAUUACUCAAGGCUGAGAAAUACACUUCUAAGAGUGAUAUUUGGUCCCUGGGCUUCAUCUUCUAUGAGACUCUCUUUGGACAAAGUAAUCAAUCCACAGAUUAUCUCCUAGCUCCUUGGACUGCUAGAUCAAUUCCAGAAUUAGUGAAGAAUAUUACUUCCCAACCUCUGAAAUUCCCUCAGGAUAAAAAUAUCGACCCUUAGAUCAUAGACAUGCUCAAGGGCUGUCUGUAAUUGCAAGAGAAGGACAGAUUGGGUUGGGAUCAAUUGUAUAGACAUCCUUGUUUUGGCUAGAGUUUUUCAUUUUACACAAAUCAAGCCAAGCAACUGGAAGAUAAGGCAAUGUUUUUGGUUCAAGAUUUGAGAUUCAAGGUUAUGAAGGACAAGAUUGAUUUAGAAAAGGUGUUUGACAAGUAUGACAAAUCAGGAGAUAAGUCACUUGAUAUGAAAGAGUAUUCUGAGUAAUUUUAUUAGAUUAACUUUGUUAUUGCAUGAGAUUGAUCCAAAAUUGGAGAGAGAGGAGAUUGAAUACAUGUUCAAUAAAAUAGAUCUGGAUGGAAGUAACUCUAUCGAAUUGAAUGAAUUCAAAAAAUGGUUAGAAGAAAAUUAAGUUUAAAUGUCCAUGAGAAACUAGCCUAAAUCCAAUUUUUCAAGAAGAGGAACUUUGGAAAUGCCUAAGGUUAAUCCCAACAAUUCAGAUUAACCUGUACCAGAAUUCGAUAGUUCAUAGGCCUAAUUAAGUAAAUGUCCUACUUAACAUUCCUAAUAAAUAAUAAAUCAAUAAUAAUAAUACUAACAAUAAUAAUAACAAUAACAAUAACAAUAUUAAAAAUAAUAUUCAAAUUAACAUUCUUUAUCAUAGUAAUAAUCAUCAUAACCAUUAUAACCAUCCUAGCAGUAUCCAUAAUAAUAUUAAUAACAUCCACAAUAACAAUAAUAGUAUUAUCCACAAUAAUAAUAUUAAUAAUAUCAAUAUCCUCCAGGUUAAUAGCCCAUGUCUGGCUCCUAGAGUUAAUAAAACUAUCCAAUUUAACCACAACCAUCCUAUCCUCAAAUGAACAAUUCUUAAUAGUACAAUCAAGGCUACCAACAACCUCCAACUUAUGUGCCAAAUCAUUAAUAUCCCCCACCUCAAAAUUUGGCUUAAGAAAGAGCCAUGAUGACCAUCUAAAAAUUGGUUAUUGCUAUUGAAAAAUAUAAUAUCAACAUUUUUGAAUUAUUCAGAAAGUAUGAUAAAUCAGACUCACAAACCUUAGAUGUGAAAGAGUUUGGAGUUAUGCUCAGGUAUUUCAAUUAACCUAAUCUUAUUCCAUAGGAAAAUCGAUAGUCAAUUAACAGAUCAAGAUAUAAGCCAGGCAUUUUGGGUUUUUGAUGUUGAUCGAAGCCAUGAAAUCACUUUCAAAGAGUUCUAAGAUGGAAUCGUUUAACACUUAAACCAAUGGAGAGCCCAAUCUUCAAGCUAGAACAAUACAGGAUACCCAUACCAAAAAUAUUGAAAUAUUAAAAUAUAAAUUUAACAUGUUUAA